CAUAAAUCAAUCACACUGUGCGUAUCUGUAAAUGUUUAUUGAUCGAAAACUGAAUCAGAACAUGGAUAUGGAAACUCUAACUAGUCGGAGUUCUGUUUUGAGGGAGAGAAUAAUGAGGAGCACACCGAAGAAGCCGAUCAAGACGGUUACGACUUGGGUUAAGCGGCAGCCGCCUAAGGCCAAGGUGUUUCUGGCGGUGGCCGCCGUGUUGACCACUCUUGUCUUCCUUCGUCUCGUAGUUCACGACCACGAUAAACUUUUCGUCGCUGCUGAGGCCGUCCAUGCAAUCGGCAUUUCCCUUCUCAUUUAUAAACUCACCCAAGAGAAAACCUGCGCCGGUCUUUCACUGAAAUCCCAAGAACUAACGGCUAUAUUUUUAGCUGUUCGACUCUACUGCAGCUUUGUUAUGGAGUAUGAUAUACAUACGCUACUCGAUCUUGCUACGUUAGUUACGACUGGUUGGGUCAUUUAUAUGAUUCGUUUUAAUUUAAAUUCGAGUUACAUGGAUGACAAAGACACUUUUGGUCUUUAUUAUACGGUUAUACCUUGUGCAUUACUAUCUCUAGCUAUCCAUCCAUUGACAAGGCAUCAUACUUUUAACCGUAUUUGCUGGGCGUUCUGUGUGUAUAUGGAAGCUGUUUCAGUUCUCCCUCAACUUCACCUCAUGCAAAACAUAAAGAUUGUUGAGCCAUUCACCGCUCAUUAUGUUUUUGCACUAGGAGUUGCGAGGUUUCUAAGCUCCGCUUAUUGGAUACUCCAGGUAGUUGAUACUCAGGGACGUUUAAUAACAGCUUCAGGUCAUGGAUUAUGGCCUUCGUUGGUUCUCCUUUCAGAACUUGUCCAAACUUUUAUUAUGGCUGAUUUCUGCUACUACUAUAUAAAGAGUCGUCUUGGCGGACAUGUUGUACUACGUCUUCCUUCAGGCGUAGUGUGA